AGGCACUGCGGUAGGCGCCCUAGGGGUUGGCAGGACCCUGACCCCAAGAUGGCGGCGCCCAGUGAAGUGGACGCACCUGCCUCCGGCGAAGGCAGUGGCGAGGGCAGCUGUUUCGGAUCCUGGCUGGAUGGACGGUUGGAGGCGCUGGGAGCGGACCGAGCUGUUUACUGCGCCUACAUCCUGGGUGUCCUGCAGGAGGAGGAGGAGGAAGAGAAGCUGGACGCUCUGCAGGGCAUUCUCUCUGCUUUCCUGGAAGAAGAUUCCCUUCUUACCAUAUGCAAGGAGAUUGUGGAACGAUGGUCAGAAACUCAGAAUGUUGUCACCAAAGUGAAAAAAGAAGACGAGGUACAGGCCAUUGCUACCCUAAUUGAGAAACAGGCACAGAUUGUGGUGAAGCCCAGGAUGGUGUCAGAAGAGGAGAAGCAGAGAAAGGCUGCCCUCCUGGCCCAGUAUGCUGAUGUGACAGAUGAAGAAGACGAAGCAGAUGAGAAGGAUGAUUCAGGUGCCACCACAAUGAACAUUGGUUCUGACAAACUUCUGUUCCGAAAUACCAACGUGGAAGAUGUCCUCAAUGCCCGAAAACUGGAGCGCGACUCGCUUCGAGAUGAGUCCCAAAGGAAGAAGGAACAGGACAAGCUGCAGAGGGAAAAGGACAAACUGGCCAAGCAGGAGCGCAAGGACAAGGAAAAGAAAAGGACACAAAAAGGGGAGCGAAAGCGAUAACCUUGGUCAACGCUCUGCUUUCUCCUCGUGAACUGAUCAAAGGGAGAGCUGGUUGUGCACAUGAGUAAUUUAAGAGAAAUGAGAACAUUGCAGAGUGGUUUCUCAAGGCAUUUCCCCUUUUGUUUACAUGGUCAAAAGGAAAAUCACAAGCACUUCUAAUUACAAAAUGUGCCAUGUUUCUGUGGUGGGUAUUCAGAUUGUUGUAGUUAUCAGUACCAAAGAUCUGGAGUGGGGGCAACCUUUCUAUUUUAGUACCGAAGUGCUGUGCUCCUUUUGGCCACUUUCAAAAGUCUUCCCUCACCUUGGAUAAACUAGCAGGAAUAUUCAGAAAGUUGACAGUUACAGUUUUUAUCCUGAAGGAGCAGAAUCAUGACCACUCCUUCCCUGAGAUGAAAUGUGGGAGUGUAAAUUGCUUCAGAAGUACUAUUCACUCCUAAAUGUAUUGUUUUAAGACUCAAAUAGAAAGCUAAUGAAGAGUCAGACUUUAUGUUGCAUGGCAACAAACUAGGAAAAUGAGAAGAAAUUAUUUGAUGGAUGUUCUAGAUUUGAGAAUUAAAAAAAAA